AUGGCCUGGUGGAAAGCCUGGAUUGAACAGGAGGGUGUUACCGUCAAGGGCAGUCCCCACUUUAACCCAGACCCCGACGCGGAGACCCUCUACAAAGCCAUGAAGGGGAUUGGGACCAACGAGCAGGCCAUCAUCGAUGUGCUCACGAAGAGAAGCAACGCACAGCGGCAACAGAUCGCCAAGUCCUUCAAGGCGCAGUUUGGCAAGGAUCUCACCGAGACCUUGAAGUCAGAGCUGAGUGGCAAGUUUGAGAGGCUCAUCGUGGCCCUCAUGUACCCACCAUACAGAUACGAAGCCAAGGAGCUGCACGAUGCAAUGAAGGGCUUGGGAACCAAGGAGGGCGUCAUCAUUGAAAUCCUGGCUUCUCGGACCAAGAACCAGCUGCAGGACAUAAUGAAGGCUUACGAGGAAGACUAUGGGGCCAGCCUGGAGGAAGACAUCCAGGCAGACACCAGCGGCUACCUGGAGAGGAUCCUGGUGUGCCUCCUGCAGGGCAGCAGGGAUGACGUGAGCGGCUUUGUGGACCCAGGACUGGCCGUCCAAGAUGCACAGGAUCUGUACGCCGCGGGCGAGAAGAUUCACGGGACUGACGAGAUGAAAUUCAUCACCAUCCUGUGCACACGCAGUGCCACGCACCUGAUGAGAGUGUUUGAGGAAUAUGAGAAAAUCGCCAGCAAGAGCAUUGAGGACAGCAUCAAGAGUGAGACCCACGGCUCCCUGGAGGAGGCCAUGCUCACAGUGGUGAAAUGCACCCGGAACCUCCACAGCUACUUUGCAGAGCGACUUUACUACGCCUUGAAGGGAGCAGGGACGCGUGAUGGAACCCUGAUAAGAAACAUCGUUUCAAGAAGCGAAAUUGACUUAAAUCUUAUCAAGUGUCAGUUCACGAAGAUGUACGGCAAGACCCUCAGCAGCAUGAUCAUGGGAGACACCAGUGGCGACUACAAGAACGCCCUGCUGAACCUGGUGGGCAGUGAUUCCUGA